AUGGAAAAGGCAUAUACUGGAGCUAACAAGGCAAAGAUGAUGAGGUUACAAAUUCACAAACGUCAUAUUGAAUUGAUUCAAAUGGAGGAAAAGGAUAUAAUCAACAAUUACGUAACGAGAAUUACUCGAUUGGUGAAGCAAAUCAAGGCAUGCAGAGAAACUGUUACUGAGCCGAAUGUUGUAUCGAAGAUUUUGAGUUCAUUGACGGCAAGAUUUGACAACAUUGUGGUGGCGGUUGAGGAAUUGAAGGAUCUUGCGGAAUUGAGUAAAGAUGAGCUUCAAAGCUCUGUUGAGGUUCAAGAGCAAAGGAUGAGGAGAGAAAUAACGACAAGGCAAAGGCGGCAACAAUAG